GUGACUGAUUAGAUGUAAUUGUAUUCACUACGAUUGAAACAAAUGUUCUGCUUUACUAUGUGUAGCAUGUAAGUGUUAAAAUGUUUUGAUUUGUUAUAAUUUUGGUUAAAAAAGUUUGGGCAUGUAAAAAAUAUGUUGGGCAUGUAAAAAUUCUUAAGUUACUGGCCCGACUGGCAUGUAACUUUUCAAAGCUUAUUUCGAAGACUGAGCAAUAAUCAGCAUGUAUUGAUCUUAGUACCAUCAGAAUAUACUUUGUUUACCGUGCAAAUUUACACUGGAGAGCGCCGAAUAAUGUUUUGAUAUUGCCGGAGAAUAAAUGUGCGUAUUUUCAAGAUAACAAAUUUUCACGAUGUGGAAUUUCAUUCUGGGGGUGGUUGAACCUGUUACCUCCGCCUAAAAACCCUAAAACUAAUGAAGAGAAGCUUGAAGUACAGCAAUUUUGAAAAGGACGAGAGAUAUUUCAGUAGAUAGUAUAGUUUUCUUUUUAUAAAUGCACAAUACAUUGUGGAUAGUCCGGAAAGUUAAUUGAAAUGUAGGUAAAAUAACAUAGAUAUUGUCGGACCACUUAAAAUCUUGGAGGACCAGUAAUUUCUGAAAGCUGGUGGUCCUUUGGGUCAGUAGGUAAAAAAGUAAGUGUCAAGCCCUGAUUGCUGUGUGUUCAACGCUAACAAAAACAAGUAUGAACUAUUUUUCGAAAACCCAUGCGCUCGAGUUAGCAAAUCGACCAAUCAUAAAAAAAAUUUAAGUUAACAUCGCUCAGUGAUCUAUUUUUAGAAAGGUAUAGUGACAAAUUGUAAACAGAAUAAACUUGCGUCAUAAAUUAAACAUUUUAAUUCAAGAUUAAAAUUUGCCAAUUGGCAUUUUAUUUACAGUUGGCUUUCGGUCAACUACUUACUUUUAAAAUGGUUGUUCAAUGAAAGGUUUGGUUGCCCGACCAUUGGUUUUUAUUAUCAUACAGUUUUUGCCUUGUUAGGCUGAAAGAAGGGUUUAUGUCUGGGAGGGUUUUUUUCCGGAUACCCAGUAACUUGUAAGGAUGGGCAAUUGAAAUUGUGAUUUUAUAUAAUUAUAUUCCUAACAGGUUGUGCACAGUAUUCAUUCUUGUAACUUCACAAACAGUCUGCACGCUAACUAUAAGCCCGACAGCCCAGGACUGGUUAAAUGUUAAUCGGGCUACUAGAAAUUAAUAAUUUAUAUAGUCGGGCUAUUGGAUUCUGUUUCCAAUAAAGCAUCAUAAUUCGGGCUAGUGGUUAAAAUAUAUUACCGUGAUGACUGUUCACAAAUAAUUUAUGGUGGAAACAGUUACAAUUAAAUUUUGUUUUUAUUUCAGUGUUUGUGUGCGGUUGUAUUCAUGCAGCCAGAGCUAAUCCAGGUAAACUGGAGUAGCGAUGAAGAACUGGUACAAGUAAGGUGGUCAGACUCCGAUUCUGGGGACCCAGUGAAUUGUUCUAUGACCACAUUACAAGACAUUACAGGAUCUGCUGACUGUGCUGUGACAGAUAGCGAACAAGUACAGCGCGAUGAGGAAUAUUUAGACAUUUGGGAUAGUGAUGAAAGCUUAAUGUUUUUGUCUUCUACAGAUUCUGAACAUGACAUCGAACAGGUUUUAGCUAAGCCGAAAAAGAAAACAGAAAACAAGUACAUUCAAAGUGAGGUAAAGUCAGAAGGAAGAAUGAAAUUAAAAGCAUUGAAGUUUCUUAGUAUUAAGACAGCGCUUACCACACCCUGCUAUUGUGGAAAACGGUGUAUUAUGCAGUUGAAUAUUAAUUCUGUCCGUGAUAUUCGUGAAAAAUUCUGGCAUAAUCCAAAAUUGACUAGGAUAACACUGCUGAAAGCAUCAUAUGAAAAAUCUGAAAAAGUCGGAAAAUACAGGUACUUUUCAGUACAGUCUAAAAAACAAGAAAUACAAUUAUGUACAAAAGCAUUUUUGGCUGCAUUGAGAGUUAACAAGAAUACAUUAACUACAGUUGCUGAUAUGUGCAUGAAUAACAAGGAAGCUCCAACUGGGAAAUCCCCACGUAACUGGGACAAGAGCACUCUACUUUUGAUUGCUUGGCUGGAGGAUUACUUCAGAUUUCAUGGCGAAAGAAUGCCUCACCGAAACGAGAUUGUGAUGCCAUAUGGAACAGUGAAAAGUCAUAUUUAUGAACAAUACAAAAUGGAUGUGGAAAAUCCAGUGAGCAAAAGCCAGUUCUACAAGAAAUGGAUUGACAGCUUCCAGUUUGUUAAAACGAAAAAGACCAACAGCUUCAGCAAAUGUACAACUUGUGUGACAUUAGAAAGGCUAAUGAGCAAAACCACCUCUUUCGAGAUGCGUGCUUUCUACAAGAAAAAGAAAGAAGAGCAUAAUAUUCGUCAAAUGUUAGAAAGGAAGUACUAUUACAACAAAAAAGACCAGGCACAACGCAAUCCAAGCCAGCACAUGUCCAUAAUUAUCGAUGGUAUGGAUCAAGCAAAGACCAAUUUGCCACAUUUUGCUGGGAGGAACCCAAAGAAUCUGCAUGCAGUGGAUCUUCUGCAUACUCAUGUCACUGGAGUGCUAAGUCACGGGCAUGGAGGGUUUCAUGCCUAUGUGGACAUUAAUGAAUAUCCUCAUGAUCCCAACUUGACAAUCAACAUCAUACUUAAAGAGCUACUACGUCAAGCCAAGGCAAAUAACAACUUCCUGCCUCCAAAUUUGUUUAUCCAAGCAGACAACUGUUGGAGGGAAAAUAAGAACCGUUAUGUAUUUGCAUUUCUGGAAUUGUUAGUGGCAGAACAGGUUUUCCAUGAGGUUCAUAUGUCCUUCCUUAUUGUUGGCCACACGCAUGAAGACAUUGAUGCAAAAUUUAGUGAGGUGUCCAGGCUGUUAAAUACUAAAGAUGCUGAAUAUUUUGAUGACUUUUUAAACGUUUUGAAAAAUGCAGAGCGUAUCACACAAUUAUUUGAUGUUAAGUCAUGGAUUGAGGGUGAUUUGAACAAAGCUGACCACAUCACCCAACCUUUGCACUUUAAAUUUGUUUCUGUGGACGGUGGUGUAAAAGUGUUUUAUAAAGGGGUUCAAUCUCAGCCGUGGUCAGCCCUUAAUGGGAACUUUUUGAAUAAAGCCCCAAGUGGAAAGCCAGAAAUAUUGAAGCCAAAUUUUAGUAAAAUUGAAAUAGAUAAAAAUGUUAAACAAAUUAAAGCUCUGAAACUAAUUUUCAAAAAGCAGGAUAGUACACAAAAGUGGCUAGACUUUUACGAAUCGCUCAAUUCCAACAUGGACAGUUUAGAUUCUGGAGUACCGGUAUUUCCUUUAACACUGCUACCAAGACAACCUAUAAGGCAGUCCUUUCCACCAGGACAAGGAAUGGUUCCUGAAGUUCGUGAACUGAUUGAAAAGGAAAACAGACAGCCAUUGGUACAGAUAAAAAAGCGAAAAACUGGAGACGAAGCUUCUGACCUCAGGGUUGCCAAAAAGAAGAAUGAUAACACUUCUGGUGGGAAAGGGUUUGGCAAAAGGAAGAGAAGAUUUAUAUAUGACACAACACUGUGCAGAUCACGACUGGUCAUGAUUACAGAUGAAGAAAGGAAGAAACAUCUGUGGAUAAAAUUCUUGAUGGACCUGUAUACUUCAUUUAUGCAGUAUAUGCACAUCUUGUUGCUCAUUUUGUAUGUGUUCUGCUGCCUUUUUGAAGGAUAUAUUUUGUUUAUUUUAAGGUUAUUGCAAGAACUUCUGCGUCAAUCUUUACUAGAACACAUGGGUUUAUUCCAACCCAGAGUUUCAUUUUAUGGUGAAAUUGGAUCAGUCAAUUAAAUUUGUUUUAGCAAAUAUACGUCUCUGGUGGGCAAAAAUAAGACACUAUUAUUGAGGUGUAGUGUUUAACAAUUUGUAUCCAGUCAAAUGUUCCUUAUUUCGCCAGUUGUCUUUAUAAUCCCCCGAAAGUAUUGAGUGAGAUGUCCUUUAUAAGCUAUUGUAACUGUACAUUUGUUCAUGUGCAUUUUUCUACCAAUUUUCGAUUUCGGUUUAGAAAUGCUUUGUAUGAACUUGUCUUCACAUAAAAAUGCUUUAUUAUGUCCCCCUUCGAAGAAGAGGGGUAUAUUGUUUUGCUCAUGUCGGUCCGUAUGUCCGUCUGUCCACCAGAUGGUUUCCAGAUGAUAACUCAAGAACACUUAGGCCUAGGAUCAUGAAACUUCAUAGGUACAUUGAUCAUGACUCACAGAUGACCCCUAUUGAUUUUGAGGUCACUAGGUCAAAGGUCAAGGUCACGGUGACCCGAAAUAGUAAAAUGGUUUCCGGAUGAUAACUCAAGAAGGCUUAUGCCAAGGAUCAUGAAACUUCAUAGGUACAUUGAUCAUGACUCGCAGAUGACCGCUAUUGAUUUUCAGGUCACUAGGUCAAAGGUCAAGGUCAUGGUGACCCGAAAUAGUAAAAUGGUUUCCGGAUGAUUACUCAAGAACUCUUAUGCCUAGGAUCAUGAAACUUCAUAGGUACAUUGAUCACGACUCGCAGAUGACACCUAUUGAUUUUCAGGUCACUAGGUCAAAUGUCAAGGUCACGGUGACCCGAAACAGUAAAAUGGUUUCCGAAUGAUAACUCAAGAACGCUUAUGCAUAGGAUCAUGAAACUUCAUAGGUAAAUUGAUCAUGAAUCGCAGAUGACCCUAUUAAUUUUCAGGUCACAAGGUCAAGGUCAGGUGACUUGAAACCGCAAAAUGGUUUCCGGACGAUAACUCAAGAAUGCUUACACCUAGGAUCAUGAAAAUUCAUAGGUUCAUUGAUCAUGACUGGCAGAUAACCCCUAAUAAUUUUCAGGUCACUAGGUCAAGGUCACAGUGAGUCGAAACAGUAAAAUGGUUUCCUGAUGAUAAAUCAAGAAUAAUUAGGCCUAGGAUCCUGAAACUUUAUAGGUACAUUGAUCAUGACUAGCAGAUGACCCCUAUCGAUUUUCAGGUUACUAGGUCAAGGUCACAGUGACAAAAACUAAUUCACACUUUGGCUGCCACUUCAACUGACAGCCCAUAUGGGGGGCAUGCAUGUUUUACAAACAGCCCUUGUUAAAAUAGAUUUUGUGAAUUUGUGAUUGCUAAUGUUUAAUUUUUAUGUCUCCGAAGGAGGGCAUAUAGUGAUCGGACUGUACGUCUUUCCGUCACACUUUGCGUUUAGGUUUCGCGUUUAGGUUUCAAAAAAUGCUCAUAAAUUCUAUGCCCCUUCACAUAGCAACUUGAUAUUUGGUAUGCAUGUGUAUCUCAUUGAGCUGCACAUUUUGAGUGGUGAAAGGUCAAGGUCAUCCUUCAAGGUCAAAGGUAAAAAAAACAUGUAUCAACGCAGCGCAGUAGGGGGACAGUGUGUUUCUGACAAACACAUCUCUUGUUUUAUGUUCUAUAAUAUGUUUGUAUGUCAGGAGAAACAAUAAAGUUUUGUUUUUACAAUACAUACUAAACUUGUGGCAGAAUUGUUUAGUAAUGAAAAUACAAAUUGCAGCAAUUGCAUCUGUUAAAGAACUUUGAAUGGUUAUAAUUGAUGUAAAGAUUGUUUUAUUGAAAUAUUUCAUUUUUAAAAUGACUUCACAUGUUGAAAAACAUGUUAUGUAUUUUUUAUAAAAAAAUUAAUUAAUUUUAGUUAGUCAUAAAAAAAUAUUGAAUCAUUCACACUCUUUUAUAAAUGUUCUGACCUACUGACUGGUGGAUUGCGAACAUAAUGGUAUACCUUUGUGUGUGUUUGUAUUUAUUAUUACAUGUUUUAUAAUUAAAAAAUAAAUUAAGAAUUAUACAUUUAAAAGUCGUUUACCUUCCAUUUUUUUCAGUGUGAUUUUUUCUGUGUGAUUAUGCAUAUCUGGAAGUGUGUACCGCUGGCUUAACAUUUUCAAAGAAUUUAUCUCUCUAUGUUAUUAUGAACUUUAGGGAGUUUGUACCGCCGGCGUAACAUUUUCAAAGAAUUAUCUGUCUGUGUGAUUAUGAACCUUAGGGAGUUUGUACCGCCAGCGUAACAUUAAGAAAUAUCUGUCUGUGAUUAUGCAUAGUUUGUACCGCCGGCGUAACAUUUUGUCAUUGUAGAGUUUGUACCGCCAGCGUAACAUUUUCAAAGAAAUAUCUGUCUGUGAUAAUGCAUAGUUUGUACCGCCGGCGUAACAUUUUGUCAUUGUAGAGUAACAUUUUCAAAUAUCUGUCUGUGUGAUUAUGAACCUUAGGGAGUUUGUACCGCCGGCGUAACAUUUUCAAAGAAUUAUCUGUCUGUGUGAUUAUGAACCUUAGGGAGUUUGUACCGCUGGCGUAACAUUUUCAAAGAAUUAUCUGUCUGUGUGAUUAUGAACCUAAGGGAAUUUGUACCGCC